CACAGCCGAAAAAGUCGCAACGCUGACAAGCUUCAUCGCUUCCAAGCUCACAGACAUGUCCGACGAUGAGUCUUUAGUAGAUCCGAUUGACAGAGAGGCUGUCUUCAAUGCGUUGAACCAGGCGUUUGACAAGAUUGAUCGAAGCUUCGCUACCAAGCUACAAACUAGGGAUAAAAAGCAACAUGCUUUCCUGUACAGGGAGAAUAAGAUAUUGGAAGCUCAAGUGCUAGCGUUGCAGCAAGAGACCUCGGCUUUGAGGGAAAAGGUCCAGGAACUUUCGGCAGCCAAUAAUGCAACUGAGCAGCAUCAUGAGUCUGCUCUUAAUUCCCGCCAAGGCCAGCUCUCAGGAAAGCGGGCUCACGGUUCAAACGAAGGUGAUGAUGCCUACAGAGUACCAACCGCCCAACAGUUAGCGACCAAAUAUGCUCGGCAUUCGUCGCUCGAUCCAAGACCUGAGGAGGCUAUGGACUACGAACGCCUAAAGGAACGCUAUACGCUUUUGAGAGCAGCUAAUAAACUGCUCAAGAAAGAAGUGAGGGAAUCGCAAGAUAAGGAAGAGAAAUGGUGGCACUAUGCCGAGGUUCUCGAAAAAGAACUUGGGAUACAUGGUAUCAACGAGCAGACUUCGCGACGUUUCGAGAUCGCAGCAGAGGCUAUGAAAAGAUCUCGCGCGGAAAGACGGACUUGGAAAGCUGCUGCUAUAUUGGAUCAACCCAUCGAUGUGGCGCCAGAAAGACGCUCUGAGCAUACCGCUGCUGGACCGAGCGCAAAUUCCAGCUUCAACUCAGAUACAGAGCUGAUCGCCCCCCAUGAGCCGAGUGGUAGUAAUGCACCCUCAAGGUCAUUUCAAGUCACUGCUCAGCCAUUGACAACAAGGCAACCUUCUCCAAAAUCCGAAGCACCAACGGAGGAAGGAUCAGACCAAGACGAGGAGCUCAGCUUACCAGCGCAUCCAAGUGACCAAACUCCCAAGGCACACAACACCGCAAAUAUAAAGCAAGAACCAUCGUCGGAUCCUCCCGUUUUCCUUUCGGCUCGGCCAGUGAAGAAGCGAAGGGUUGCUGGAGAUGAAUCGACCAGAAUCAGCACGCCCUCCCGCCGCCCAGUCAAGGAUGAGGAUGACCAAGACGACCCUGCAACAUAUCUUAGGACAUUGGCCGCGUUGCGAAAGUCUCCUCAAGAAAGCUUUGACCUUGAUGAUGGAAUUACGGAGAUGCCAACACCCAAAAAAUGCAGAUUCUAUAAAGCAGCCGGAGGUAGCAAUGUUUCCAACAGACGAGCUUCCCCUGCGGUUAAAUCAGGACAAAACGAAGCUCCCCGCUCCCCAGUUUCUGACCGCACGCCAAAGCAACCAGUUAUUCAUGAUGACGUACCGUCUUCUGACGAUGCUGAGAAAGGACGUGACAGCUCACCUUUUGGAUUCCAGCCCCUUGGUACGCUUCUCAACACGCCAGCAGAAGAGAGAGCCAAGACGAAUCCACUCGUCCUGAAACCUGUUGCUCGCCGAGAAUUACAGGACCGGGAUAGUCGCACGCCUGCGAAGGAAAUGAGCCGGGGCAGUAAACGGAAAGCAGAUGGCGACACUGAGAUCUACCAAUCGCCCAAGCACGCGCCAACCCUCCUCGCGCCUUCGGCUCAAACACCUAAGAAGCGAUUGUCCCCGGGUGUCAUUACUCCUGGGAAAUUUAAAGACGAAGCAGCUGCCCCGGCUCCAGCCCCCCGCAGUACAGCUCGGAAACCAUUGGCAGAUCGCUCCACUAAUAUUCAGACUAGAAGCCGAGGGGCUCCUCUUCGCUCUUUGCCUGUCGAUUCGCUGCUGCUUACCGACUUCAGGAUCAAUCCAGCGACGAACGACAACAAAGAUUUUGCAUUCGAUGAAGUUGUUCGGCAUAAGGACGACCGAGCCAAGAUGACCGGCUGUACAGAUCCUCGAUGUCCCAGAACAAAAGACAUGCACGCCAUGGUAUUGGCCGAGGUUGCUCACCUGACAAAGGAGCACGGAGAGAGGUUUUAUCAAACGCCAGAGGGCGUCGCCCUGGUUGAGAAGUACCUUGGGGAUGACGCUGGCCGCAUACCAAAGAUGAACGUUUCUCAACGCAGGACGCUCUGGACGCAGGCGCGACUCCAGCAACAGGCCAACAUUUACGGCAGAUGUAGGCAUCGCUUUGACCGUGCCAACACUCCAGAACAGUAUUGGGACACGGGAUUCCCCAAUACACAAGAGCAGGAGAGAGACCGAGAAGAGGGACGUAUGACGGAUAGGCGUAUGGUGGAAGUGAGACGCCGUGAGGCCUUGAAAAAGGGGGGCAGGUGGUUGUUCAAGGAUGAGUAUCCGUCCGACGCCGGUAAAAGGCCUCGCGUGUAA